AAAUAGUGUGCUCUCAAAUACACAGUCACAACAGCAGGAGUGAUCUCACCUCCUCUCCACCCCUUCUAUCUAUCGCGGCUGCCAGCCUCCAAAAAAGAGCGUAUCUGUGAGCAGUGGCUGGGUACUAUAGAGACGGUAAGGUAUAUAACCGAGAAUUCACGGUGGAUUUCCCUGACCAGGACCACUACUGAGCGACAGAGCCGACCAUGGAAGAACUUACGGCAUUUGUGUCGAAAUCUUUCGAUCAGAAAACCAAGGAGAGCAGCAAAGAGAGUAUCACGUACAGGGAAGUUUUGGAGAGCGGCUUGACAAGGGCGAGGGAGCUGGGCAGCCCGGAGACAAACCUGCAGGACAUAACGGAGGGCAACCACUGCCCGGUGCAUCUGUUCAAGGACCAUGUCGAGCUGGAAAAAGAGAAACUGAAGGACUUUAAUGUUUCGAGGGCGACAGAAGGGAUAUACGAGUGUAAGGAGAAAAAAGAGGACGUGAAGUCGGAGGACGAGGAUGCACAGGGCAAACUGAAGCAGCGGAGGAGUCGCACUAACUUCACCUUGGAGCAACUCAACGAGCUGGAGCGGCUCUUCGACGAGACGCACUACCCGGACGCCUUCAUGAGAGAGGAGCUGAGCCAGAGGCUGGGACUGUCCGAGGCCAGAGUGCAGGUGUGGUUUCAGAACAGAAGAGCAAAAUGUCGAAAACAAGAAAACCAGAUGCACAAAGACAUCUUUCCCUUCUCUCCAGGUGUUAUUCUGGGCGGCGGCAGUCACCUCGACGCAUGCAGAGUAGCACCCUAUGUCAAUAUGGGUGCCCUACGGAUGCCCUUCCAACAGGUCCAAGCCCAGCUCCAGUUAGACGGGGUAGCCCACUCCCACCCUCACCUGCACCCUCACCUGGCCGCUCACGCUCCCUACCUGAUGUUCCCGCCCCCUCCCUUUGGACUACCAAUCGCGUCUCUUGCCGACUCGGCCUCCGCGGCAGCGGCAGUGGCGGCGGCCGCCAAAAGCAACAGCAAGAACUCGAGCAUCGCCGACCUGCGACUCAAGGCAGGACUUCUGCGGGGCCAGUGGCUCAGUCCACUCCAGGCACAGAUCACAUCCCAAGGACCGUACAAACACAUGUGGAUGUCUGUCUGAGGGCCAGGCCGGGGCCCGUCAGACCAGAAGACGUUAGAACAAAGCAAACUGGCAAAGGGCAGCAGCAGGGCCCCAAAAAAAAAAAAAAGCAGAGCCUUCAGCUGACGCUUGG